AUGGAGAUCGUCGCGACCGACUCCAUGGACGACGAGGUGUCGUGCGUCGGGUGCGUCGCCAUCCUCGACCAGUACCGACCGCGGUACGGAUCUGCAGGGUCCUGCCCCGACACUUCGAGUGCCCCGAAGAAAGUGUCGAAGCCGAUGACGAAGGACGAGCUGGACAACUGCAAGAAGAUCGAGGCGGGGUAUAUGAAGCACACGGAGAACGCCAAUGUUGUCAACAACCCCAGCAGUGGGGAGCUCUGCUACAAGACCACCGACCGAUUCUCAAUGGUGAAGCUGUUCCGAGAGAGCGAGAAGAGCUGCGCGAGCUUGACCAGCACCUGCUUCGACGACGCAACGUUCGGGCUGAACUUGGCCAACCUCCGCACGAAUCCGUUCACCACCGACACGCUGCAGAGCUCGAGCGCGGAUUUGGACGCGGUACUGAGCCAGCAGUGCACGUGGUGUUGCCGGAAGACCAGGAAACUCAAGGAGCAGUUCAAGGCGUACACUUGUCCGACAUACUACAGCAGUAACCCGGCACAACCGAUAACCUGCGAAGGUGACGACACCGUCCGAAACACUUGCUCCAUGAACGUGUGCCUUGAGGCAAAAGGUACUCACAUCGUCACAGCUUCCGUCGUCGUCAAGUCCACCGUCCAGACAGCGUCCACUAACGUGCUCAACGCGCUGCCCAAGAAGCCCGACGGCAGCGACGUUACCAAGCACGUCUACUACAGCAUCCCCUGCACCAGCUUCAGCGCCACGGACACCAACUGCCGCUACACGGCCAAGCUCUCGCAGCUGCUCGACGUCCGGAGGGCCUUCACCACGACGCUCCCGACCCCGCCCACGACCCUCGACGUCAAGGACUUCGUCUUCUGGCGCUACAACGUCAACGGCAAGAGCUUCGUCAGGUGGGACCCGCUCGCCGACACCGCCAUCACGUUCACGGACCCGACCACGACCAUCGUGCUGGAGGCCUGGACGGCGUGCGGCAUGGCCUACACCACCACCUUCACCGUCAACCUGUAUCUGCACAGCACGCUGGCGUGCUCCAAGUUCCCUGCGAUGUGGAAGGUGGUGGAGAAGCCCGGCGUGCAGGGCUCCGAGGGAACCUACUGCGCGUACGGAGGCAGCGACUUCGCCGUCCUGAAGCUCGACAUGGUCGUCGCGGACGUGCUGCAGCAGAGCGACACCACCGUCACGGGAUCGUACACGGGCGUCACGUGCAGCAUGAUGGUCAAGCCGACGGGCGGCACCGACACGAGCGUCGUCAAGGUGCUGGAGGACUCGUCGGCCGCCACUAUCAGCAAGUACUACGGCGUGGAGCUCGUGAACAAUCCCAGCACGGCGCAGAAGACGACGGGGGUCGUCCGCUGCACGUUUACGCGUACUCCGCGCACGAACCUUCUCGCUUUGGCGUCGGAAGCUGUUGGUACGGACGCCAACUCGAUCGAGUGCAGUCACACGUUCACAAUCACGGACUGCGAUAAGCCCGAGCUGAACCUUGGAUCCGAUGUGUGUGCGGACAAGUGCGCUGGGGACUCAGCUCCAGGAGUACUCGAGGCUUGCGGCGGCUCCAUUGUGACGGCGACCGCUACGAAAACGCUGUUGAAGCUGGCGACUACACCGACGUGUUGCACCAAGUGCUCGCAGGCUCUGACGUGUAAUACGGUUGGCUCAUCAGACGUCAAGCGCUGCGAACCCCCACCAGGGUCGCUAUUGCUGGCGGAGAUGGAUGACGCUGAUGAUUAUCAGAGCGUUGCAUUCGGGGCCUUGCCCGUGCUUAUUGUGGCGUGUGCACUGGUUGCUGCCGUGGCUCUAGUCGUCGCCAAACGCCGUGCGGAUGCUGCUGCUGAGUCGCAGGAUGUGUACUAUCCUCUGAUGGAGUAA